GCAGAAGCGGAGCCGCGAGUCGAGCCGAGCCGCUGCCCCCGCUGCCCGCCGGCGCCGGGUGGGGGUCCCGGCGGCUGGAUGGGCAGCGGCGGCGCGGGCCGCGGGCGGCGAUGGGCGAGGAGCAGAGCACGGUGAGCGGCGGCGGGCCACAAGAGGUGCGGGCCCCCGCUGGCGGCGCCACAGGCCACCCCGAGCCCCCGAGGCCGCGGGGGGACAGCGCCGGGGAGUCCGGGCCGCACGCCGCCUCCGCGGAGCCGAGCGGCGGUGGCUGCGGAAGCGACUCGGGCUGCGCGGACACGAGCGCCCCGGAGCUCGAGAGCAGCCGGUGGGGCCCGGACGGGAGGAGGAGCCGAGCGCCGGGGCAGCCCGCGGGACUGACACUUACCGGGCCCCUCAACCCCCAGACUUUGCAACGGCAGCUGGAAGAGGAGGAGGAAGCUGGGGACCGAAACCAGGGAGGGGAUGAACAGCGGGACGCGCCCCCAGGCGAGGAGCGGGAGCCCAGGACCCGCGUCGGGGCCGCGGACGGACUGGUCCUGGACGUGCUGGGUCAGCGGCGCCCAAUCCCCGGCAAGAGACAAGUUUUUUGCUCCGUGUUCUGCGUGGAGAAUGACCUGCCCGAGGCCCCCACCGCGGAGCAGCUCUCGCCGCCCGCGUCUUCACCUCGGGCUCCGCCGGUGACGAACGCUCCCAGCACCCCCUCCUCUUUCCCCAGCCCCCGGCUGUCCCUCCCCACAGACCCUCUGACCCCCGACGGCGGCAGCAUCGAGCUGGAGUUCUACCUGGCGCCCGAGCCGUUCUCCGUGCCCAGCCUCUUGGGAGCUCCACCCUACUCUGACCUGGGUGGGGUAGGGGAUCCCUACGUGCCCCUCAUGGUGCUGAUGUGCCGGGUGUGCCUGGAAGACAAACCCAUCAAGCCCUUGCCCUGCUGCAAGAAGGCCGUGUGUGAGGAGUGCCUCAAAGUCUACCUGAGCUCCCAGGUACAACUUGGCCAAGUAGAAAUCAAAUGCCCUAUCACAGAAUGUUUUGAAUUCCUGGAAGAAAGAACGAUUGUCUUUAACUUAACACAUGAAGAUUCCAUCAAAUAUAAGUAUUUCCUGGAACUUGGCCGUAUUGAUUCCAGCACCAAGCCAUGUCCUCAGUGCAAGCACUUUACAACCUUCAAGAAAAAAGGACAUAUCCCUACCCCUUCCAGAUCAGAAAGCAAAUACAAAAUCCAGUGCCCCACUUGCCAAUUCGUCUGGUGUUUUAAGUGCCAUUCUCCUUGGCAUGAAGGUGUUAACUGCAAGGAGUACAAAAAAGGGGACAAAUUGUUGCGUCACUGGGCCAGCGAAAUUGAGCAUGGACAGAGAAAUGCCCAGAAGUGUCCAAAGUGCAAGAUCCACAUCCAGAGAACUGAAGGUUGUGACCAUAUGACCUGCUCACAAUGUAACACUAAUUUUUGUUAUCGAUGUGGGGAAAGAUACCGCCAACUCCGUUUUUUUGGAGACCACACAUCAAACCUCAGUAUAUUUGGCUGCAAAUAUCGCUACCUCCCAGAGAGACCUCAUCUAAGGAGAUUAGUGCGAGGGUCAGUCUGUGCUGGAAAAUUAUUCGUUGCACCUCUAAUCCUGGUCUUGGGAUUAGCACUAGGGGCCAUAGCAGUUGUAAUCGGUUUAUUUGUAUUUCCUAUCUAUUGCCUUUGUAAAAAACAGAGAAAGCGAUCACGGACAGGAAUGCACUGGUAAAAUGCGGAUGAUUUCGUGGAACGAAGCCGGUCCGGGUAGGAGCCACACAGAAUGGCACACUCAUCUGAGACUCAUGUCUUGAAAAACACUGAGUCCUGUCCCGUCCCCCGCCCCGCCCUGCCCCGUGGUUGUCUGCAGGCCACAGUGCCUCUCGCUCCAGUGCACUCCCUCCAUGGUAUCCUGACUCCUUUCCUUAUACAGUUUGCUGCUUUUCAUAAAUGGUCACUUUCAUAGACUAUAAAUAUCUGUAUCAUAACUCUGACCUUCUUACUGGUUCUUGGAAGAAAAUAUUUUCAUUAAGAACCAGGUAUCCUCAGAAUUGUCUGAGCAUGCCUCUCCUGAGUGUUGUUUGGACAGUCUUUGUACCUAAACCUCCUUCCAGGCCCUCUUCUGAGACUUGGUGUGAAUAGCGGAAAUCAUCCCACCUGUACAAACAAGCAAGGCCACUCUUCAGAAGACAGAGGCUCACCAUAUGCACCUGUUUUUAUCUGUGGCCCGAGCAGUAUAAUUCCUUCAUCCUUCGGAUGCUUUAAUUGUUAAAAAUCUCACUGCUCAAAAGGGAACUAGUGAAACAAAACUAAUGAGAAGAAUCAUGAGUUACUGACGUGUAUCUGUGCAGGGGUGUGCGUGUGUGUGUAUAAGUAUCUGUAUUAAAACUAGGUCCAAUAAUCUU